CUUCACCCUAACGCCCUCAAACCCUAUCCAAAAAACCUAGUCUUCCCCGCCGUCGCCGUAUCUCUGUAGGUUGGACAGGGUUUCGAUUGUGUUGCUCCGUCAUGUCGAAUUUCCGGGAACUGAAGAAGACGUUGAAGCGCCCUGAAGGACCAAUCCAGCACUUUAAUGCAGAGGUCGAGAGGGCAAUGGAGGAGAUGGAAGCUGAGGACAAGGAGUUUGCGGAGCUGGAACGAGAGUUUGAGGAGGAAUCGAGGAUGCCGCGGGCUCGAAUUGGAAAAAUCCAGCACUUUAAUGCAGCGGUCGAGAGGUCAAUGGAGGAGAUGGAAGCUGAGGACAGGGAGUUCGCGGAGCUGGAACGAGAGUUCGAGGAGGAAUUCAGGAUGCCGUGGGCUCGAAUUGGUACUACCACCCGAAGUAGUGGAUGUUUGAUGCCUCCCCCGUUAAUUUUACUGUCUUCCUCCAUGGUUCUAAUUAAGUUCAGUUUUCGACUAUCAGGAAUCCAGCAUUUUAAUGCAGCGGAGGAAUCCAGGACGCCGCGGGCUCGAAUUGGAUCAAUCCAUCACUUUAACGAAGCGGUCGAGAGGUCAAUGGAGGAGAUGGAAGCCGAGGACAAGGAGUUCGAGGAGCUGCAACGAGAGUUCGAGGAGGAAUUCAGGAUGGAGCGUGCUCGAAUGGGUACUGCUCCGGAAGUAGUGGAUGCUGCAGCUUGGCACGGCAAUGGUGCACCUCGUGCUGCUGGUGGAGGUCUUAGGCGCCCGAGAGACACACAUCCGGAGGCUUAUUGGCAUCAAAGGAGAUGACAGAUUGCUGCUGUUCGGACAAAAUCAAAGAAAGUUAACUCUUAGAAGGACAGUGAUCAACGGUUUGUUGAGCCGAGUUGUUAGAGUCACAAUCAGUUUAUGUCAUAGAACGUUUUCUUAAGAAUUACGGAGGUCACGUUGUUAAGUUGAAAGUUGAAACCGAGAUGAGUCGAUUGAGUUAUGUAUUCAAAAGUUUGAUUAGCAUUGAAUAAAAUUUGUGGGAUUCAGCUGAG